ACUAAAUGCCGUUUUGGAACACAAAAUGAAAACACGCUUUAAAUUGUUUUAGGCUAGCUCUAUAAUUGGAAGUUCGUCUUUUUGGGGCGUCAACUCAUGCAAAGAGAUGUGCUGUGACUUGUGUCAUGCCAAUUUCUACUCUUUUUUUCAGGCUGCUGUGUGCUAUAGCUCUACCACUUUGCAUAAAUUUAGGAUAUAAGGACUAUUUUUAAUAGGAAUGAUGGUAAACAUGCAAAGACAUAACGCAUAGGUCUAUAGGUCUAAUGGAUUAUGAGGAGAUAAAUUCAGUUGCGUCCAAAUUAAGAACCAAUUGUUGGUAGUAUCGGAUGUUAUAGUCUUCUUUGAUUGGCUGUUAGGUAGACCUAUUACGUCACCGGUUCGUCAUUUGAUUGGCCGUAUAAAGGUAGGGCUAUUUCAUCACAGAGAUGUCUUUCAACAUGGAGCGUUUUGUCGUUGGAUGUAUAUGCAUUCUUUAUCUUCUUGCACUUGCCCACCGUAAAGGAACUGCCGAGACCAAUGGUAAAAAUAUUCGUCUUGUAGGUGGACGCAACCAAUAUGAAGGGAGAGUCGAGAUCUUUCUGGAUGAUGUGUGGUCGACUGUGUGUGACGAUUACUUUAAUGCCGGAACAGCACAUGUACUGUGUAGGAUGCUUGGUUUCGCCUCGGCCACUACGCAUUACUGCUGCGCAAAAUUCGGGGAAGGAUCGUCAGAACGAAAAUUAAAGGUGUACUGUGAGGGGGAUGAGGCUAAUAUCACGGACUGUAGCCAUUACUUUGCAACGGAGCCAGUUGACCCGGUUUAUUCUUCCGACUCGAGGUACUAUUGUGAGCAUAAUGAAGACGUUGGUCUGGAGUGCGACCCAGGAACCGCUUGGAACAACCCCCAUGACAUUCGACUAGUAGGUGGUGCAACUCCAUUCGAGGGGCGGGUAGAGAUUUACUACGAGGACGCUUGGACAACGGUAUGCGACGAAAGGAUCCGCAAUGAAGAAGCCAAUGUCCUCUGUCGGAUGUUGGGGCACAUCGGGGCCAGCAGCUUCCACUGCUGUGGGAAAUUCGGUCGAGGGGCUGCGGAAAAUAUGAUACGUGAUGUACGAUGUGAAGGGAAUGAAGCGAAUAUCACGGAUUGCACAUUUGACCAUGGUGUGGAACAACCGGGUUAUUCUUCUUCGGAUUACAGAGGGACUUACUGUGAUCAUUCUGAUGAUCUAGGACUCGUGUGCAUACCAGCUGAUAUUCGUAUUCACGAUGGAUCAAAGCGUCCUGGUCACCAAAAGGGCAGAGUGGAACUUGCACAGAACCUCCAAUGGAAGGCUUUCUGUGCCGAAUCCAUGGACCUAAACCUCGCCAUCGUCCUUUGCCGGAUGCUUGGAGAACAUACUGCUAAAUCUUUCUAUGAUAUCGAGUUGUUAGACCAUGAAGAGGGCGCUGUCCUUAAUGUUACUUAUUCGUGCCAGGGAACAGAAGACAACGUCGCUGACUGUGAGCAACAGAACAGGACAACACUUAACUGCAGUCGGGAACGAUGGGUGUCAGGGAUUACGUGCGUCAGUUUGCCAGUCCGCCUAGUCUCCAGAAAGGAUGAUGAGGGAAGAGUUGAGGUCUAUCAUGGAAUAUCUUGGUCUGCUAUCUCCUAUUCCUCCUGGAACUCCCGUGCUGCCGAUGUUGUCUGUCGCAUGCUCGGCUACGCAGGCGCUUCUGCAGCGUACCGGGAUGGAGAACUGUAUGAAGCGCCCUCUGUGAAUGUCCUGUUGGAGAGAGUCAUCUGUAACGGUACAGAAAGAAACAUUGCCCAUUGCAACAUGUCGGAGUUUCGGAGGUUGACUUACAGCCCAGAUGGAUAUGCAGCUGCAAGGUGUGAAGGAGAGAUGGAUGUCCCAAUCAGACUACAGGGAAGCGAAGACACAAAUUCGGGAAGGGUCGAAAUAUUCCACUACGGGUCUUGGGGUACAAUCUGCGCGACUGGCGACCUGAUCAGAACGACCGGAAAUGAGCACUACGCCAUGAACAUCGCAAACGUCCUUUGUAGGAUGCUUGGGUUCCCGAGGGCGUUGUCCUACGAGUGCUGCGGUCAGUACGGGCAUGGGACCGGAGGAAUCUACCUGGACACCCUUAAAUGCAGUGGCAAGGAAGCCAACAUUCUGGAAUGCCCAAAGAGCGAUCAGGGAUUGCACAGGAGAUGCAAUCACUUCAUGGACCUCGGAGUCACUUGCCAGCCGAAUGUUGACUAUCAAAUCCGGCUUCUUGGUGGACCAUCCCCACUAGAGGGCAGGGUCGAAGUGAAGUCAGACGCCUCUAGCAUUUGGGGGACAGUUUGCGACGACAACUGGGAUUUGACAGACUCCAACGUAGUCUGCAGGAUGCUCGGCUACGAGCGGGCGGAAAGCUACUCCCGCGGCCUGUACGAGAAGACGUCCAAACGUAGACCCAUCCUCCUUGACGAGGUCGAAUGCGAUGGGACGGAGACGAACAUCGGACAUUGUCGAGUUCAUCAUCGGCAUGAUUGCUCACACGACGAGGACGUCGAAGUGAAAUGUGUCGACUGGACUACAUCCGCGUCGUCAACCCCAAGUAACACAAAGAAAAUAACAGAUACUGGCGAGAAUUUGGCAAGGAACAGUGAAGUCACGAGUAGUGCGAUGCCGCCUUGGACCGUGCCAACAAGAAGAACAUUCGCUUUAAUCAUUGCACAGGCGGUGUACAUUGUCGUUGCCCUGAUUGUCAUUGUCUUAUUGACAAUACGGAUGCAGCACUAUAGGCGAAGAGCAAGAGCAUCAAAUAUAACAGAGAUUCCUUUAACGGGAGAUAGCAAAUGACAAUUUUACUCAUCGGCCGAGCUAGAUCUUCACAAACAUUUCGAUGGAACACUGGCGUACAGAGAGAGAGAGAAGUGGGGGGGGGGGCAAGGUAGCCAUCUUAGUAUGAACCCCCAAAUUUCCAUGACCAAGACAAUUAGUAGAAAGGAAAAAAAAGGAAGGGAAAAUGGAGAAUCUGAUAUUUCUUUCUAAAUAUAACGUCAAAAUCUAUCCAAAGAAAUACAAUUUUUAUAUCAAUAAAUAAGGUGAAUUUUUUUGCUCGCUCGCAGCUUUCCAAAAUAUUGAAAACAAUUUAUUACGGCCUUGGAUAGGAGUGAAAAAUCCCGUGUCAAAAACAUCAUUUACAGUAUAAGCAGGGAUCCCAGAACAGGGUAGGGCCUUCAGCCCCAAGCCCCAUUUAUUUUCAACAAAUGUGUUGAAAAAACCCCGUAAACUUACCAUCUAAGUUUGACUUUGAUCAGGCCGCACUGUUUUGGC